AUGCGCACGGCAACUGUGCAAAGCUUCAAGUCCGGAAGUGAGGUUGGUGUCCCACUGUCUGUUCCCCUCCUCAGGUUGGUGUCUGUUCCCCUCCUCAGGUUGGUGUCCCAGUGUCUGUUCCCCUCCUCAGGUUGGUGUCCCGGUGUCUGUUCCCCUCCUCAGGUUGGUGUCCCCGUGUCUGUUCCCCUCCUCAGGUUGGUGUCCCGGUGUCUGUUCCCCUCCUCAGGUCCCUGUCCCAGGUCCCUGUCCCCGCUGUAUUCGGUCCCAUCUCUGUGCCGGUCCACCUUAAUCGGGAGGCUCCGGGCCGCAGCCAAUCACCGGCAGGGGGCGUUUAAAUCCCCCUCCGGGCGCCAUAUUGGCCAGACGGUGCCCUGCAGUGGGAGGAGGCGGGGCCCGACACGCCCGAAUUUUACCGCCGCCCGGUGCACCGCAAACCGACCAAGAAGAGAAGCGGCCCGCACACGGAGCCCCCCUCCGCCAGCUCACAGGCGACACACAGAACAGAUGCUGGAGAGACAUCGGACGGAAGCUCGACGCCACUGCCCGAGCAGACCCCGAAGAAGAGCCGACCCAGCACGUAGAGGAUUCGGGAUCCAGCCUCCCCCCUUCCCCCAGUGCCGGCUGACCCCCUGCCCGCUCAGCCCCCGGACUCUGUCACUGGCGGAAGCGUCCUGCAGAGCACUGAUACAGAGUAACACUACAGAGGACGGGCAUCGCAUGUAGCAUUGUACAACUUUGCACCUUCCACUUCUCUUACUGCCCCGCGAGACUCUGCCCGCUCCCCCCUCCCUUCCUCUUGUGUAGCACAUAAAAGGUUUUAGAGAGGGGAGGUUGGGAGGGGGGAUGACGCGCAGGUGAGACAAGUGUCGCGCUGAUCGCAGCGAAGAGAAACAUUGGAGCUCGAGUACGAGAUCACCUGACUGAUUUUUGAAUUCUUCCACAAGGCCAGGCCUGUUAUACAUUGUAGAGAUGGGGGAAUUUAUGGUUGCUGGUGCGCCACAU